AUGGUGAACCAGUCAGUCUUAUCAAUUUCCCUGGUUUCAUCACUCCUCCAUGUUUUUCUUGUUCUCAACUUGUAUGGUGUGAAUGGAGAUACAGGAGCCAUGAUCAGUGAUUUAUGUAAGAAUAUAUCAGCGCAUAGUUACGGCGACCCAAAAUAUGACUUUUGUAUUUCAUCUCUGAAAGCCAAUCCUAUGAGCAAAACUUCAGAUAUUUUUGGACUUGCUUUAAUAUCAAUGGAGCUAUGUUCCACCAAUGCGACUAAUGUUAGCAUAUAUGUUAGAAAAAACGGAGCUUUUGAUACAGUUCAAGACGCCAUGGAAGCAUUUAAAGAUAAAGAUUACGAGGGUGCUCUUGGUGUGGGUGUUGCGAGGAUAUGGGCAGGUACUUGCAAAGAUGGAUUUGACGAGUUUGGUUUAGAUUUUGGUCCAUUAAGCAAACAACAUGUUAAGGAUACAACUAUCCUCACUCAUUCAAAGCAGUAA